AUGAAUCUCGAGGUGCUUGGUGCGAACGGACUGAACUCGGACGAGUCGUGUGACCCUUUGUGCGUAGUGCGAAUCGAUGGUGUGGAUGUAGUGAAAACGGCAGUGGUCUACAACACGGUGAACCCGGUGUGGCGAGAGAGCAUGCAGCUCGCCCUAGCGGGCGGAGAGGACGGGGUGCAAUUCGUGGUGAAGAACUCGUACGGUGGCACUGUAGCCAAGACAAUCGGCAAAUGCAUUUUGAUUAUGGCGCAGCUGCAAGAUGAUUUCAAGCCGCCUGAGUACUCAUCGGAUCUUGCGCAAUGGGUUCAUACGCAGGUAAAACCCGGAAACACGAAGAAGAACGUAAGCCACGUCAUUGACGAGAAGGAUUAUUCCUUGGUGAUGCUGAACAGGAAAAAGUCGAAGAAGAAGAGCCAUGCAGCGUUUCUGGGAGACGAGGCGCACCAGGACCUCGUAACGGUUGUGUCAUUGAGAGACAUGGUCGUCACUAGCUCGACUGGUAGCGGCAUGCUUGGAUUCGGCAACUUGGGCAGUAGCACGCCCAAUAUUUCGCCGUACAUUUCUGUGCACGUAGGCAAGAAUGCUAAUCGUACGAACACCGCAAAAAUGUCGUUCGUCAAGAAUCAAAAGAAGGAGCAAGUGGACCACGCGUCGUGGGGAGAGAGCUUUACGUUUCCGCUGACAGCUAAGGAGCUCAGUCGUGGCGGUGCGGGCUCGAAGCUGACUUUUUCGCUGAAGGCCAAGAGUAUGAUUGUCGACGCAAGACUCGGGUCGGCAUCUAUGGACAUUGACGCGAGGACUCAUGCGACAGAAGAGAUGGUACUAAAAGACGAGUCCAGCAAGCCGAUAGGAUACCUCACGGUGAAGGUAGAGGUCACUAGCUCAGCUACAUCGUCUCGCUCGCUGUCGUUUCAAUCGAUCGAGUCCGUUGGCGAUAUGGCGUUCUUGCCGUCAGACGCAGUCAAGGCUGGCACCAUCCGCGUAUCGUGCAAGUUCGAGUAA